GACCACACAGUUUGACGCGGCCGCGAGCUUUGUGACGCGGAUGCGAUGCGCGUGAACUGACGGUAUCACCGUGAACGCGCAAGAGCAGCAAUGGCCGCUUUGGAUCGGCGAAAUCCUAAUCUCGACGAUUUUGUCGGAUUAAACUGGAGUUGUUGGGUAGAUAGGGUGAAUAUUUCACCAUCUGACGCUGGGUCUAAUGUUGAGGACAGCAGCAGCAAGAAUGGGAGGAGCCGCUCUGAGACCAUGACCCUCAGGAAAGAAGAUAUGCACACAUUUGGUCACUGCCCAGCACACGAUGAGAUCUAUCUGGUGGUGUGCAGCCACUGUGGUCAGGUGGUGAAGCCUCAAGCCUUUGAGAAGCACUGUGAGAGGCGGCACGGUGCUCUCACCAAGAUGUGUGGCCAGUCUUCUAAUUUGGCUCCCCAGCAGCGACCUCGGCCUUCUCGCCCUCCUUCGAAUCAUUCCUUGUCUAAAGAGAAGCAGAAAGAUGCUAAAUGUCAUGAAGCCAGUGCCCCCUUCUCAGCAGCAGCAGCAGCAGGAGCAUCAGUACACCAGCACAGGCCCAGCAAGGCCCAGAAGGAGGCAGUAAGUUUUCCUUCAGUGGAGAAGUUUCCUCAGGAGAAUGCUCCCCUCCCACACCACCCCUCAUCCUCCUCUUCCUCCUCCUCCUCCUUCACACCUCGCCCCAGGGUCCCUCCGUGGCACUCAGGACCCCUGCCCCCUGGCCACCGUUCCUCCUCCAUUUCUCCGUCAGAGAGACCCUCAGUGCAGAAGCUCACAGCUGGGCAGUCCAGUGAGUCUCACAGUCCUCUGCGGGGGACUAGAACUUACAGCCGGAUUUAUAAAAACAUUAACAAGAAAGAAUGUGACCUGAACAAACAGGGCGGAGUUCUGGAUCCAGAAAGGAAGAAGCUGUGCAGCCAGGAGCUUAUAUGCAAUACUGAUUCCAUCCACCAGCAGCAGAAAGCAUCGGGAAGGUCGAAGACCUUUGAUGAGUUGGCAGAGGAGCAGAGAACAGCCUCUGCAGGUCGGGAUGUGGAGCAGCUUCUUGUCAAAUCAAAAGACAACGAGCAACACAGGGAAGCUUCUGAAGAGAAAACAACAACUCAGAGCAGUAAACAUUUCAACAGCAACUGUCACAUUCUCAGAUCUGGGGACCAAUCAGAAAACGUUCCAGAGGAAAAAGGCGACAGCUCUGUGGAAGUGAAGCCUCAACACCCCCUCAACCAGAGCCAGCUGUCAGGUGACGAGAGUGAAGACGAUGAUCAGGAGGAGGACACAGACCUGCCUGCCACAUCCUGGCACCCGAAACCUCUCAGGCUAUGCACUUUUGGAUGCCGCACAUUGGGUUGCAGCAUCUUCACCUUCGACCGGCGUUUGCACCACUUGCGGUUUGCCCUCAGUGCCAUGUUGGAGCACCAUGUCAGCACACACUUGUGGAAGAAAAUGCCUCAGGUAUCAUCAGGUCUCAGGUCACGUCAUGUCACACCUGCAGCUGCAGGAUCAGCUGUCAGGAAGAGGGCCACACCCUCCAGAUCCACUGACUCCCUCAGCUUAGAGUCUACCUCACUGGGACAACUGGAAACUAAAACCAGUCAGCACAACUCUCACAGUAUUAAACCGCCUUCUUCCUCUGCAAGACUUGCACCUGGCCGACAGCGUAACGCUGUUGGGCAAGCCGGCAAGGCUCCGCUGAGGGAGGAGGAGCUUAUGCAGGAAACAAAGAAAGCUGCCAAGCUGUCGCACAGUGGUGAGGACAAAUCCUUCAAAUGCAUCAGGGAUCCCCCCCUUAGUGAGAAGGGCCAGCCACACGUCACCAGCUCUCAAGGACCAGUAAAUGGUACCUUCUCACACGGAAAGAAGCCAUGUCCUCCUCCUCAGCGCGCCCCCCGCAGCAGAGGGAAUCCUCCAGGGAUUCAGCAGAAGGUGGUGGGCUGCGACCAUGGGCUUGCCCAAAAGCGCAAACGCGCCAAUGAGUCACCGCCGCUCAGCUCCUCGAUAUCUAGAACCUCCAAGUGUCAACGCCUUCCCCUUCCCGCUGCAGCCUCCUCGGCUGGAAUGGAGAGAAUAUCUGGGACGCGCAUGCUUUGGGCCUGGACUAAAGAUCAGACUCCUAAAGACCAAUAAAGGGGCCAGCCUUAAAAAGACCACUUGGAGAAGAGGGCUGCUGACGGCUGUGUGUGUGUGUGUGUGUGUGUGUGUGUGUGUGUGUGUGUGUGUGUGUGUGUGUGUGUGUGUGUGUGUGUGUGUGUGUGUGUGUGUGUGUGUGUGUGUGUGUGUGUGUGUGUCUGUGUGUGUGUGUGUGUGUCUGUGUCUGUCUGUCUGUCUGUCUGUCUGUCUGUCUGUGUCUGUGUGUUUGUGGUGCACGUGUGUGCAUGUGUGUGUAUGUUUCUGUACACAUUUGUUUAUGUCUUCACAUUUUAUGCACAGAAAUCAGGAAUAAAUAUUUGUCUGCAUGUUA